AUGGCUUACCUUAAAUCUUUGUCGUUAUUCGCCGCGACCACCCUUCUCCUGAAUACCGCGUCUGCUGCCCUCGAUCCAAUCGUUAUCAAGGGUUCCAAAUUCUUCUUCAAAACGAACGGCACCCAAUUCUUCAUCAAAGGCGUCGCGUACCAGUCGGGCAUUGGAAAAAACGGAGGUGGAAGCAACAAGACAACCUACGUUGACCCCCUCGCCGAUACCGAUGCGUGCUCCCGAGAUAUCCCAUUGCUGAAAAAGCUGGGAGCGAAUGCUAUCCGGACGUACGCCAUCAAUCCGACCCAGGAUCACUCGCACUGCAUGUCGCUGCUCGAUGAUGCGGGCAUUUACGUGAUCAGCGAUCUGGGAGAGCCUUCCCUAUCCAUUGAUCGCUCCAACCCACAAUGGACUACCACCCUCCUAGAUAGAUACACCGCUGUCGUUGAUUCUCUUGCGAGCUACUCCAAUGUCAUCGGAUUCUUCGCCGGAAACGAGGUUCCCAACAACCUAACCUAUACUGGGUCGGCCGCCAUGGUGAAGGCUGCUGUCCGUGAUACCAAAGCAUACAUCAAGUCCAAGAAUUACCGCGCUAUGGGUGUGGGUUACGCAGCCGACGACGACCAGACCGUGCGUGCCGCCGUUGCCUCCUACUUCGUUUGUGGUGACGCCGAGUCCCAAAUCGACUUCUGGGGAUACAACAUCUACGAGUGGUGCGGUGAUUCCGACUUCCAAACAUCAGGCUAUGCGGACAGAGUAAAGGAAUUUACAGGCUACCGCGUCCCAUCCUUUUUCGCUGAAUAUGGCUGCAACACGAAUGGUGGUGCGGCUAAGAGGAAGUUCACCGAGGUGGCUGCCCUCUAUGGCGACCAGAUGACCCCAGUAUUCUCGGGCGGUAUCGUGUACGAGUGGUUCCAAGAGGAAAAUGAUUAUGGUCUGGCGUCGGUCGUCAACCCAUCGUCCGUGAGCACCCUUGCAGAUUAUGCUGCCUUCUCGACGCAAAUUGGCUCUGUAGCUCCAAAGGCCACGAACAUGGCAAGCUAUAACCCUACCAAUACAGCCACGUCAGCUUGCCCUACUGUUGGUACCAACUGGAACGCUGCAAGCUCUCUUCCUCCUACUCCCAACAAGGAUGCGUGCGCCUGCAUGAUGUCCAGCCUUAGCUGCCAGGCCAAGGCCUCCAUUGAUCCACUCGCCAUCGGACCGCUCUUUGGUCAAGUCUGUGGAUACAACGGCGGAAAAGCUUGCGCCGGGAUCGCCAGAAACACCACAACCGGUGAAUAUGGCACAUUCUCCAUGUGCAAUGCAACUGAACAACUCUCCAACGCAUUCAACGCGUACUACAAUUCUAUAAGUGGUUCGGACAAGAGCAAGGCAUGCGAUUUCGGAGGCAACGCGACCGUGGUAACCCCUGCCAGUGCGGCAAGCUCCUGCUCCAGCGUUCUCAGUUCUGCCUCAGCAGCCGUUACAGGGGGCGGAUCUUCAAAUGGGCAAGGAGCAUCAUCAAGCAAGAAGAGUGAUGCCGCCGGCAUUGUUGGGGCAUCAUUAGGCAUUGGAACAUAUGCAAUGGUUGGAUUCACAUUAAUGGCGACCUUCUCUGGGAUGGGCAUGAUUCUGCUUUAA